AUGCUGCGCGCCACCGUCAGGGCGAUCCUGCGCGCAGCGGCCGUCCCUCGUGGCGCCGAGUGCCGCGCCGUGCGCGCACAGCCGCGCGCCGGCAACAGCACGGGGGCGUGGGACGGGUUGCCGGAGGAGGAAGAAGAGGGGCGGCGAAGCUUCCAGUUCUACAAGAGCAGGGGGCAGCACAUCCUCACCAACCCGCGCGCGCUGGACGCUAUAGUGCGAAACGCCGGUGUCCUCCCUGGCGACACCGUCCUCGAGAUCGGCCCCGGCACCGGUAACCUCACCCUGCGGCUCCUCAGCGCCGCCCAGCGCGUCGUCGCCGUCGAGAUCGACCACCGCAUGGUGGCCGCCCUCCGCCAUCGCGUCUCCCACCAGGGCCUCAGCGACAAGCUCCAUGUCAGUCCCCGCCGCCGGCCAGCUGCUCGCGUUAAUUCCACUGAGAGGUGACGAUGAUGAUGAUGGUGGUUAUGGGGUUCCGCUGUUUCAGGUGAUCUGCGGCGACGCGCUGAAGACGGAGUUCCCGGAGUUCGACCUCUGCGUGGCGAACAUCCCCUACGGGAUCUCCUCCCCUCUGGUGGCGAAACUCCUCUUCGCCGGUGGCGGGCCACGGCGGGGCUUCCGCAGCGCCACGCUCCUGCUCCAGAAGGAGUUCGCCCGGCGGCUGGUCGCCAAGCCGGGGGACUCGGAGCGCAACCGACUCGCCAUGAAUGUGAGCUUGGUCUCGACUGUGGAGCUGCUCAUGGACGUGAGCAGGAGGGACUUUGUGCCUCCCCCGCGGGUGGACUCCUCCCUCGUCAAGAUCCGGCCCAAGCCCGCCGUCCCGGAGGUCGAUCUGGAUGAAUGGCGGGCUCUCACCAGAGUCUGCUUCUGCCAGAAGAGGAAGACCCUCGGCGCCAUCUUCAAGCAGAAGCGGAUGCUCCAGCAGCUGCUCAAGAGCUCCUGCAACUUCGCCACCGCCAGAUCGAAGGAAGAAGAAGAAGACGAAGUACAAGAAGAAGAAGAAGAAGAAGAAGAAGAAGAGGAAGAACAAGGAGGAGGAGGAGAAUCUGAUCAAGAGGACGAGGGAAAGCCGGCGGAAAUGGCAGGGAAAUUCAAGCAGAAGCUUCUGAGCGUCCUCAAAGACGGAGGUCUCCUGGAGGCGAGGCCCACGAAGCUUUCUGAUGAGGACAUGCUGCGUCUCCUCUCUCUGUUCAACCGAGAAGGAGUACGCUUCCAUCAGCGUGUCUAA